AUGAAGGCAAAACCACCCAACACAGCGCCUAGCAAUAGCCUAGCCUCAGUCCUCCCCCCAGACUCAAAACCAUGGUGGAAAACAACCCACCUACUAUCGCUAAACACCUACAUAGCCAGCCUAAUCCUAUUCUCAGGAACCCUAGGCUACGACAUCUCACUAAUGAAUAGCCUCCAAUCCCUUCCCCAAUGGCAAAGCUUCAUGUCCCACCCAACAGGAAUCUGGCUAGGUUUCAUAAACGCCUUGCAAAACAUCGGCAGCAUCCUCUUCCUCCCAGUUCAAGCCUGGUCCGCCAACCGCUUCGGCCGCAAGCCAACAAUCCUAGCAGGAUACAUCUUCCUCGCGCUAGGUGUGGGCAUCCAAGCCGGCGCGAUGAAUCCCAAUAUGUUCAUCUAUUCCAGACUCCUGGUUGGUAUUGCCGGUGCUUGGUUCCAGAGUGGUGUCAUUCUCGUUACGGAGAUUGCAUAUCCGACGCAUCGUUCGCUGGUCACCGCUAUCUAUAUGUGUCAGUAUUACAUGGGUUCUUCAUUAUCUGCGUGGAUCUCGUUCGGGACGAGGAAUGUGGCGGGGAAUUGGGCGUGGCGUUUGCCGGUUUUGAUGCAGAUUGCGCUGCCGUUGUUGGCAUUGCCGGGGACGUCGUUUGUGGCUGAGUCGCCGCGUUGGUUAAUUAAGCAGGGUCGGGUUGAUGAGGCUAGGGAUGUUCUGGUGAGAUUUCAUGCUGGCGGGGAUGAGGCUUCGGAGUUGGUUGCUUUUGAGGUUGAGGAGAUUAGCCAGGGUUUGCUUUUGGAAGAGCAAGCUCAGGCUGAGUCGCGCUGGAUUGAUUGUGUUACCACGCCUGGGAAUCGGUAUAGGUUCUUUUUGAGUGUUUCGCUUGGGAUCUUUGCGCAGUGGAAUGGCGGUGGAGUGGUCUCAUAUUACCUGACCCUCAUCCUCAACACAAUUGGUAUAACCUCGACAACAGACCAAACUCUCAUAAACGGGUUCCUCCAACUCUGGAACUUGAUAAUGAGUAUAAUCGGUGCAUGCCUAGUUGAUCGCGCAGGCCGACGCGCACUUUUCAUCACGUCAACGGUGAUAAUGCUUGUCAGCUACAUCUUCAUCACCGCACUCUCGGGCAGCUUCACCACAACCAAAACUAGUGCUGUUGGAACAGCCGUCAUCCCAUUCCUCUUCAUCUACUACGCCGGCUACGAUAUAGCCUUCACGCCACUGCUCUUGGCCUAUCCAGCUGAGAUCUGGACGUUCUCAAUGCGUGCCAAGGGUGUUGCUCUCUCGAUGGGAUCGAAUUAUUUGGCGUUGGCUUUUAAUCAGCUUAUCAACCCAAUUGCUUUUGAGAACGUAUGA